CCGACUCGCAGCUUACUUCGCCGUUGAGCAUUUGACCCCUCUACGCCUACAAAUAACGGACAACCCACGUCAAAAUGCAUUCCCACCUUCACACCCCCUACAAUGCAAACUGCGAAGAGAUCAUGACCGCCUUAGAUGAAUGCCACGCUCGGGGUUUCUUUCACAAAGCUAUCGGGAGCUGCAACGAUAUCAAGCGUGACGUGAACAAGUGUCUGGCGGCAGAGCGAUAUGCGCGUGCGAAGCUGAAUCGCGACGCGGCAAAGGAGAAUCGGAAGAAGAUUGAGCGGAUUUGGGCGGAUGAGAGGGCGUUCGCGGAGGGACUAUCCCCUUCUCCUUCUUCUUCUUCUUCCUCCACCACUGCUUCGGAGACGAGUGCGGCUGCGGGGAAAUAGACUGACGCCGGAUUGACAAUGGGAAUGGCAUGUAUAUAAGAUUAUGUACGAUUGCAUCUGGGCUUGGCGUUUGGGUUUCCUCUUUGCUGCAUGCUUUUCGAUCUCGAGGCGAGACUGUACCAACGGAUGCAUUAUGAUACAAAACAGACCCUGGAAGCGGGACGUCGAUUGGUAUGGUGAUCAUUCAAUCAGAGUAACUAGCUAUACACAGUUGAUAUAUAUGGAC